UAUCCUAGCACUCUGUGAGAGGGAGAAGUUCCUGUUAUGUGCCUGUCUUAGGGAAACCUUCUGCCUCUUAAUUUAACUCCCCAGACUAAAGGGUUCCUCAGUGUUCAUAUGGGCUGGGUUUUUUAGUGUGUGAGACCCCAACAACGCUGGGCUGUUGGAUUCUAGGGGACUUGCUGUUCUGUCUGUAUGGACUGUUCUUGUCUAAUUGCCUGGUCCCAGUAGGAGAAGCUCAGCUCUUCUUGCUGCAGGCGCUGAUGCUGCAAUGGUCCAAAAUUGCCAUAAGGAUAAAAAGGCCCAGAAACAAGAGCAGGAGGCUCCCUUUGCCCUCCUGCAGUUGCAAAAAGAGUUUGUGGAAGGUCAGGAUGAAGCUGCUGGUCGCUGUGGUGCUGGUUGCAGGCCUGGCUGGCAUUGCUGCCUGGGGAGGUGAGGCCUUCGCAGGGGAUGAACACGUGGGCACCUGCGUCUUUGAGAAGCUGACCGGCCAGGACUACAAGUUCUGCAGAGGGGACUUGGAGGUUUUCUACCCAGAGCUGGGAGACGUUGGCUGCACAUACAUCCCCAAGUGCAAUCAGUACCGGAAACGGAUCAGCAAGGACUGGCACAACCCAAAGAUUGCAUAUCCACAGGCUGACAAGAAUAAGAAGUAUGUGCUGAUCAUGGUGGAUCCAGAUGCCCCGAACAGAGCUAAUCCAAAGUACCGUUUCUGGAGACACUGGGUUGUCAUUAACAUCAAAGGCACAGACCUGCGGGCUGGAAAACUGAGAGGCCACGUGCUAACAGAAAAUACCAGUACCGUCUUUUCUUAUUUCAACCUUUCACUGAGGUAUUGGGAACCCCAACCUGGCAGCUGCUGGCCAGUGCAGCAAGGACCAGAGAGUGAAGACUAUGGCCGCCCCACACCUCCAUCCCAGAGCGGGUACCAUCGCUACCAGUUCCGUUUGUAUGAGCAGCCGGCUCACGAGGCCAUAUCCCUAAGUCCAGAGGAAGAGGCAUCUUUGGGUUCCUGGCCCCUGGAGCGUUUCAUUGAGCAGUUUCGGCUUGGAUCCCCUGUGGCUUCGACCCAGUUCCUCACUCAACAUCACAGUGACUAGAGGCAGCGUUGCCAUCUGAGGUCAGCCCCAGAACGUCCCCUCGGAAGAUCAUCGCUUCUCUUGGCUUUGCGUUGUUUGCAUUUCCCUGUCAGACCGCUAGGCUCUGCAAAUGUCGCACUCAGUCUCUGCCCUCUAGAAAGUGAAUUGCUACAAAUGCGUAUACCCAUUCGGUUAUUUCCUCGUCUCCUUCCAUUCAGUACCCUGGUCACUGCUGGGGCCAGCCCAGUGCCAUCGACGAGCAAGUCAUAGUUCCACCAGUCUGCACAGUGCUCAGCUUUUGACCCUGGUGCCCCACCAAUGCCACCAUAGAGAAUCAACCCCCCCCCCCAACCCUCUUUCACCUGCCUGCACUGCAGCAAGACCCCUGCUAGUUUUUCCAGCCCCUUUGUGAUGGGCUUUAUAUAGCACCACACGGGCAGUCUGCAGAGGUGAGGUGUGGUAUUUUGCGCUUCCUGAAGCUGUCUUGGAGCCUGAUUUAUCCCUCCAGUGAUGCAGGUGCCAGCACAGGGCCCUGAGGAAGCAGCUUUCACCUUCCCUGUUCAGGGGCCAGUGCAACCUUGGGCUCGAGGGUAUUGCCUGGGGAGUGAUGCCUGCCCUCUGGCUCCUUUGCACCAGCCUUGCCUUCGACAUGCUAAGACUGUCCUCACCCAUGUAGCUAGAAACCCACCCCCGACCCCAAAAAUCCAGCUGGGAUUUUCUCAGCUAGGGUAUGUCCCUCUGGUUUCAGCCUGGUGUAAAGUUCCACAGCUGGCUUGCACAGCCAAAGCCGCCAUUCUAGCAGUGCCGCUGGUAUUGGAGAGAGAUGCUGAGUUUCUUGAAGCGACCAGUGGCCUCCAGUCUGGUCCCAGGGUGGCGGUGAGCAGAGAGAGGGUCAUCAGCUUGGAGAACCAGAUUCUGAUCUCACUUGUAGCCAUCUAAGGCAGGAGUGGACCCAGUCAAACCAAGGGAAUUACACCAGUGAGUGAGAGCAGAAUCGAGCAGCCCCCCCGGGCCAUAGCAGGAGCCUUUCCGAUGGCUGUACUGAAGACAGGCCUUCGCAGUGACCAUCCAGGUUUAACCCUUCCUCGAGUCCCAUGCUCCGUGGUCACCCCCCGCUUCCCCAAGCAAGCGUCGCGAACUCGGCACAGCUGUGUACCAGAUGUUGUGUCUAGUACUGAAGUGACAAAGAAGUUGUCAGAGCUGGGUCCCCCUGGCUUUGUCACUGACAGGCUCUAAUCUGUGUGGUUUGGGAAUCCCACUGGGACAUAGUAGCCGAAUCCUGCCCUCCGACUUGUUUCUUCCUUUUUGGCCUAGACUCAGUGUAGCAUUUCCUGCCUCUGUGUGUGGGAGUGGGGUUUUUGUUUGGUUUUGUUUUGUCUGUGCUUUUUUUUCUUUAAUACCUGUUCCUUAUUGCAGCAAUCAGAAUAAAAUGUGCCAUUGAA